AUGGGUGACAAAGGCAGAGCCGCCGCCGCCGCUGGACCGGGAAGGGCCGGCGCCGUGGGAUCCCGCUCCGAUACCGGAGGAUUCCACCCCGGCGCCGGCGACGGCGACGCCGUAUCUCGGCUCACGACCUCCGGCUUCUCCGAAUUGGGCAGCAAUGCCCGCUGGUCGACUUUGGACCCUGCAGUAAAUGAGAGGUUGAUGAAGGCGAUGCAGGAUACCAAAUCCCAGUGGCAAGGGUUCCCUGCUCAGCAACAGCAAGAGCAGGAGUUCCGUCAGGCUUUCAACUUCCAUCAGUCUGAUCGCCAUAGACAGGAACAGAAUACUGCAAAGGCCCCUCAGGUUGGAUAUCCCUCGCUUUUCCCGCCCUCCAACCCUCAAGGACAGCAGCAAACAUCGGCGACAUUGUUGACCCGUCAAGGCGGCGGCAAUCAAGCAAACAGCGCUGCAUCUACUCCUAUCAACGCAAGGGUUAAGGAGUUGCUGGCUGCUCAACGGGAGCAUCUCCUAGCUGCAGUAGAGAUUGACCACCAACUGCGCGAAAUCUGGCUGAAGCAGCAGGCUAGUGGUAACAAGGAUGGAGUGUAG